GGGGUAUUUCAGUUCUCCUGUUGUUGUCUCUGACAUACUGUGAGGGUUCAGUCCAGCAGGACGAUGCUCCUUCCACUGAUGUUAUGGACAGCAUUGCUCUCUCACAUCUCGGAUGGACAGACUUCCUCUCAAAGACACAAGAGGACAGUUUGGGGACAUAAUAUGCGAAUAGUUGAGCCGGUCAUCGACCAAUCUCCGACGUUUUAUAUUUUAGCUCCAGCAAAGAUACGACCUGGGACAAAACAGAACAUCCUGCUGGAGGGUCACAAACUCUCCCGACAAUUAACAGUCAACAUUGCAGUCUAUGAUUACCCAGUCUCCCAAACUGCCUUAAUGAGGGGCUCUGUUAUCCUCAAUUCAAAAAACAACUACAGUGCCCUCAAAACCAUCACGAUUGAUCCAAAUGUGCUGCAACCAGACGGAAAGAAGAAAUAUGUGAAGCUGGUUGCUCAGUUUAGAUCAUUUCAUCGUGCAGAAAGAGUCUUACCGGUGUCGUUCCGCUCUGGACACAUCUUCAUUCAGACUGAUAAACCAGUUUACAACCCUGGAGACACAGUACGUUACAGGGCUUUUGUUUCUGACACUGAAUUCCAUACUGCUGAGAGGACCAUUUCUCUGGAGAUUCAGAAUCCAGAUGGUAUUGCAGUACAUGGUAUUUCCAGAGCUAAAGCAAUCGAUGGGAUACUCUCUAACGUCUACCCCCUCUCAUUUGUGGUCAGAGAGGGCAAGUGGAAAGUUGUUGCAAAGUUUGAUCAGGGAAAAGAGAACAUUUUCAGCCAAGGGUUUGAAGUCAAGAAAUAUGUCCUCCCAGCAUUCAACGUCACUCUGACUCCAAAGACAUCCCACCUCAGACUAGACGCAGAAAAGUUGGAGGUAGAAAUAACAGCCAGAUAUCUUUAUGGUGAACCAGUGAAAGGUGUUGCAUAUGUGCUUUUUGGUAUUGAAAUUGAUGGUGAAAAGAAGAGACUCACAUCUAUGAAGCAACUAAAUGAUCUGAAUGGAGGACAUGUUAGUUUGACCGUGGAAGAGAUAAAGAAGGCCUGUCCUGAUUCAAACAGCCUACUGGGGUCUUCUGUGUACGUCAAAGCAUCAGUAAUGACCAGCUCAGGUAGUGACCUUGUGGAAGUGGAGAAAUCUGGCAUUAAAAUAGUAAUAUCACCCUACAUGCUCUCUAUCAGAGACACACCAAAGUAUUUCAAACCUGGCCUGCCAUUAGCAAUGAUGGUUACUGUGAGUAACCACGAUGGAUCUCCAGCCCAUAACACUCCUGUUAAAAUCAGCUUUCUUGAAAACCCAAUCACCGUACACAGCGGGACCAUCAAAGUCUCCAUCAACCUGCCUAUGAAGUACAGCUCAACGAUACUGAAAGUGGAGACAGCAGAUCCUUCACUGAGACCAGAACAGCAGGCCGUUCAAGAGAUGCGUGUAGAGUCUUAUGUCUCUUUUAUGGGCUACAGGAACUACCUGCACAUCUCAGUGGGCAGCAGUCCAGCGGUGGUGGGCAGCACACUCAACAUCCAAGCUCACAUCAAACCUUACCCGUCAGAACGAAGAAAACUUGUGGAGUAUCUGACAUAUGCUGUGUUAAGUAAAGGAAACAUAAUCCACGCUGCUAGGAUAAAUGUCAAAGACCUGGUCGUCAUAAACAUUCCUCUGCUGAUAACCUCUGAAAUGCUACCUGCGUUUCGCUUUGUGGCCUACUACAUUUUGCCAUGGCAGCAUCAUCCGGAUGUGGUGGCAGACUCUGUGUUUGUGGAUGUGGAGGACCGGUGUGUUGGUUCGCUCAGUGUAGGUCCAGUGGAAGGAGAAACACUCAAUUCAUACUCACCGGGCAGCAGUAUUUCAUUUGAAGUGAAAGGAGACGCGGGGGCAAAAGUCAGCCUGGUUGCUGUGGAUAAUGCCAUCUUCCUUUUGAGUAAAAACCAUCUGACGCAGAAGAAGGUGUGGGAGGUGGUGGGUCAGGGUGAUAUGGGCUGCACCGCAGGAGGAGGCAGGAAUAAUAUGGGCGUCUUCAGUGACGCAGGACUGAUGUUUUAUUCCAGCACAGGAGGAUACACAGACUACAAAAAAGAUUGCUCCAGUAGGUCUAGAAGAAGACGUUCUGCUGCCAAACUUCUGCUUAGAGAGCAACUUGAGAAGGCAUAUUCUGAUGAAUUCCUGCAGAGAUGUUGUGUAGAUGGCAUGAGGGAGAUUCCCAUGCCGUAUUCCUGCUACCGUCGCUCCCUCUACAUUACCGAGGACUGGAGCUGCGUGUUGGCUUUCCUUCACUGUUGUGCAGAGUACAGAGGAGAGAAGCUUGGUGUCGUUACAAGACCUCCAACAACAACCCCUCCACCAACCACCACCCCUGUACACACCACCAGUAAACUAAUUUCUCACCGGCGUUAUGUUAAUCACUUUCCUUCAAAAACUUUGCUCACAGUGGAGCAACCUAUAGCCAACUUUGAGCUCGCCCGCACACCUGAGAUUGCAAUACGUGAGAACAGUAAUGUUGAAAAGAUGAAAGAAGAAGAAGAGGAGGAGGUGGAAGAGUUUGAUGAAGAUGAUUUAGCCGACUUGGAGGACAUUUAUGUGCGCAGCAAGUUCUUCGAGUCGUGGCUAUGGACUGAUGUUAGAUUACCCAGUGUCACCAAGUCUGAUGGGUUGGCUGUAUUUUCAGUAAACACUGUUCUUCCUGACAGCAUCACUCAGUGGGGGUUUCUAGCCAUCAGCGCUUCACCUCAGACUGGUGUCUGUGUAGCUGAACCGUAUAAUGUCCGGGCGUGGAAGCCGUUUUUAAUAGACCUGCGGCUGCCUCACUCAGUGUCCAGAAAUGAACAUGUGGAAAUCAAAACUGUGGUGCACAACUACAGGAACUCAAAACUGGAGGUCAUGGUGAUUCUCGAGAAGACAGAGGACAUGUGCAGCAUAGCAUUUAGUGGACAGCACAGACAGCAGGUUUCGGUACCGGCUGGCUCCUCCAAGCUGAUUUCAUACACCAUCAUCCCUCUGAAAACAGGAGAGCUACCUCUACAGGUCACAGCCGUCGCGGCCUCCUUCAUGGGGCAGGAUGCUGUGAGGAAGAAUCUGCAUGUGGUAGUAGAAGGCAUCCAGACAGUUAAAGUGAGGAGCUUUGUGCUGAACCCCUCUGAGAAAGGAGACAGCGCUGGUAGACAGCGGAUAGAAGUGGAGAAGAUGCAGUUGGACGCUGUUGUGCCCAAAUCCCUUCCGGAGACAUUUGUCAAUGUCAGAGGUGAUUUGCUGGCAGACAGCAUUGAUAACUCUAUUAAGGAGGACUCUCUGGCAGCAUUGAUCCGGAUGCCCGGUGGGUGUGUGGAGCAGAACCUGGCCAGAAUCACGCUGCCCCUCAUUGCCACCCAUUACCUGGACCGCAGUGGAAACUGGGAUGCUGUGGGAAUAGAUCGCAGACAAGAGGCCAUCAAAUACAUCCAGACAGGGUAUGAUAAUCAACUUAAUUACCGGAAAAAGGAUGACUCAUAUCCUCCCUACGCUAAAGAGGGCACCAGCACAUGGAUCACUGCAUACGUGGUGAAGGUCUUCUCCAUGGCAAAAUCAUUUAUUAGCGUCAAUGAGAAGCAUCUGUGUGACCCUCUGGUGUACCUGCUCAAGAAUAAACAGCGUCCUGAUGGAUCCUUUCAAGAGGACAAUCCUGUCUAUGACACAAGUAUGAUGGGAGGCCUGCGCGGCUCUGAAUCCAGAGUGUCUCUGACUGCAUUCGUGCUCAUUGCUUUGGCAGAGGCACAUAAUGCUGUUACCUGCCAAGAGCCAGGUCUCAACAUACAGGACAAGUCUAGAAGAGCAGCACUGUAUCUAAAACGACAUUUCCCCCAACUGACGAGGCCGUACACAACAGCUAUAGCAUGCUACGCUUUAGUACUAUCCAACCACGGAUGCAUGAAGAACAUGUUACUAAAUUUAGCCUCGCCUGAUCGUACCCACUGGCCUGACUCUAGUAAUUAUUUCUUCACACUGGAAGCUACUGGCUAUGCAUUGUUAGCGCUGAUCAAAGAUGGCCACAUGGAAGAGGCAGCCGCCCCCUUUCUAUGGUUGAACGAGAAGCGUGGCGUUGGGGGAGGAUACGGCUCUACACAGUCCACUAUGGUGGUGCUACAGGCCCUGUCUGAGUACCUAGUGAAGAGGCCUCCUCCUCAAGACCACAAUCUUUUGGUGCAGCUCAGUGUUCCCGGUCGCAGUGACGUACGCUGGUCUUUCAAUCCAAAAGUGUCGUAUGUGGCCCGAUCUUCACGGGUGCCUCUGGAUCAGAAAUUCACAGUGGAGGCUUCUGGAAAGGGCAAAGGAGUUUUGGAGGUAGUGACAGUGUACCACCAACUUCCUGAUGUGUAUGAGAACAGCACGUGUAACGGCUUUCAGCUGGACGUCUCCAUCGCUGAAACUAAUGAAAAAACGCCUCCUGAUGUAGAAAAGUCAUACAGACUUAGUAUCAACGUGAGGGCUCUGGAGGAACACCAAGUGAGGAUGGCAAUUCUGGACAUCAGCCUGCCCACCGGCUUUGAGCCAGAAAACUCAGAUUUAGAGUUGCUCACAAAUUCAGUGGAUCGCUACAUCAACAACUUCCAAGUGGUGGACAACCUGAGCGACAGAGGAUCCCUUAUAAUUCACCUAUUUAAGGUGUCCAGUACUCAGAUGGACGUGAUCUCAUUCAGACUGCAUCAGAAAUUUAAAGUGGGACUCCUUCAGCCUUCUACUGUCACAGUGUACCAGUACUACAAUAAAGAUAAACGCUGUAGCAGGUUCUACUCUCCUCCAGAAGACAAAGAGCAGCUUGAUCAGAUCUGCAAAGACAAUGUGUGCCGCUGCUCACAGGGUGACUGUUGUGUAAUGAAGGAAGACUCCUCAUCUUUCAGUAAUGAACACAGGACGGUCGCUGUGUGCAAUGGAUUACAUCAUGCCUACAGGGUUAAACUAGUCAGCGUCAGCCAGAGUCAUUAUGACCAGUAUGAAAUGGAGAUCGUGCAGGUUAUCAAAGAGGGAACAGAGGAAGGCCUGAAUGAGAAGGAAAGGAGGAUGUUCCUCUCUCAUGCGAGCUGUAGGACAGGACUUGGUUUGAAGGAAGGUCAGGACCAUCUGAUCAUUGGGCCCAUCACUGAUGUUUGGCAUGCAGGGAGCACAUCCAAAAGGUAUGUGUAUACGCUGGGUAAGGACACAUGGGUCGAGCACUGGCCAUCCGAGUCUGAAUGUGGUGCUGGAUCCACACUGGAGGUGAAAUGCGGCGAGUUGAAGAGCUUCGCAAAGGCACUGACCGAAAGAGGCUGUCAGACUUGAGAGAUGCCUACAAAUUAUAUUGCCACCACUUUAACUAGUGUUUUUGGUUGCAAACACCUUUGCCUUUGCGUUGGCUUUAACAUCCCCUAGAUAUGAGACUGAAAGGGCACAAUCAAGUCAUUCAACUGGUCAGGAUACCUUAUGCAAAUGAUAUAUACUAUAUGUUACUUUUCAUCUGUCAUCCAGCUCCAUAGUCUGAAUCACUCCUUUCCUGUUGUUAAGUGUUGGGUGGAGAACUCUUUAUCCCAACUCCAGCCAAGAAGUGAACAUGAAGACAAUUCAUGGAAUUAGCCUUCUUACAACAUUUUACCAAAACCUAGCCAGUAUCAUUUCUUUAUUUCUUGACAGGACCAGCUUUCCUACAAUUUCGAUAUAAAUGGCAAAAGAAGAAAGCUUUAUGAUUGGAAAAUCUGGUGUUGAUGAUUCAAUUAUUAUACAUUUUGUCCAGUCUUCAUUAUUAGGUGUAAAAUCACACUGAUUCUCAAUGCUACAGUCCAUGUUUAUAUCUAAGAGUUAUUUUUUGGAGGUGUGUUUAGUAUCCAUGUUUGGUAUAAUACUCUAGAUCAUAUACUCGUGAAAAAGGAAUACAUGCUAUUCAUGCUAAAACUCAUCCUUCAAAAACGACCAGACUUGGGUAUAUGUGUGUUCCAGUGGACAUAAACAUACCCAAUCCGUUGCAAUGCUUUAAAUGCCAAAAUUUUGGAUGCAGCCAACAACUGUAAGAAUAAGCGUCUGCUGUAAUGGUGGAGAGGAAUUAUGAAGGGGAACAUAUGGCUACAUUACAGGGAUGAUUGUAGUGAAUUAAAGAGAAAAAAAAAUAAAAAUACAUGCAUACAUACAUACAUACAUUCAAUGUACAAAUAAAAUCAGCUAUAACGAAACAUGAAAAUUAUUUGAUCGCGAAAAAAAAAAUUAGCUGAUUAGCUGUUGUCAUCAACACGUUAAUUUAUCUAGAAACACAGUUAUCAUCUGAUAUUAUCCCUAAUUUCAAACACUGUAUAGUUUUUGAUACCUUUAGUCCAAACAACAGAUGAUUUAUUGGUGGAACAGCUACUUUAAUAAGAAAUGUGAUUAACACCAAAAAGACACUAAAUAUCCUAUUUUUAAGUUAAAGCAAAACAUUUAACCAUGUAUAAAACUAUCAUAAUUUGCUCCACAAGAUAUCAAUACAAAACAUUAAGACUUGUGUGAAUUUUUUCAGUUAAAUUAUUUCUCAUAAAAAUACAUAUAAUACAAAUGUGCAUUCAGAAUUCCCAUUUUAAUUUAUAACAAAAACAAAUGAGGAAAAACUUAAUGAAAGAAAAAAAACAUUGGAGAAAUAGUUAAAUACUGAUUCUGAAUAAUGGAUCAGACCAGACUUUCAACCAACAAAAUGUUUUGUGAACCAGAUCAACCCUGUAAUUACAAUGAAACUUUUGAAAAUUA